GAACCCGGAUGUGACGUGUACAUUGUUGAUGUGAAAGGUCGUGCGUUCCUUUUCGACUUCCUUUCCUGUUAGCGGUGGCCACAGAACAGCACUAACAUGGGCAAGUUCAUGAAACCUGGGAAGGUGGUUAUGGUCCUUGCAGGACGCUAUGCUGGGCGUAAAGCAGUCAUCGUCAAGAACAUCGAUGACGGUACCGCCGACCGACCCUACAGCCACGCGCUUGUCUCCGGCAUCGACCGGUACCCCCGCAAGGUGACCACCACCAUGGGCAAGAAGAAGAUUGCCAAGAGGUCCAAGAUCAAGGCCUUCGUCAAGGUGUACAACUACAACCACCUGAUGCCCACCAGAUACUCUGUGGAUAUUCCCCUGGACAAAACCGUUGUCAACAAGGACGUCUUCCGGGACCCCGCUCUCAAACGCAAAGCCAGGAGGGAGGCUAAAGUGAAGUUCGAGGAGAGGUACAAGACGGGCAAGAACAAAUGGUUCUUCCAGAAGCUCAGAUUCUAGUCUCCAUUGGUUUCACAAAUAAAUGUAUAAAAAAGGCUUUGACUACUGUUUUUAUUCUGACCAUAUAGAUGCUUUAACAAAAAGAAUGGCUGAGUGUAUGAAAUG